AUGGCUACCAGUGAGAUGGCAGUCAAUGCCAUGGAGCUCACUGCCUCCUUGACCUUUUGGGUGGUGACAGGGCUAAGGAACCCUGAGUCUUUAGACAGGUCCAUCCAGAACACCCUCUCAGUCCUCUACCCUCCCUUCGAGGCCACAGCCCCCACCGUCCUGAGCCAGCUCUUCCAGGUCAUAGAGGAACGUUACCAAGGAGAUGCACUCAAGUGUCUGCUGGACUUCCUCAUUACAGCCAAACACAUCCUUGAGAGUGUUCAGCAGGCUGCCUGUGCCCAGUACUCUGAUGUGGUGUUCCGCUGUGAGGGCUGGCCUCUGUGUCUGCAUGAGAAGGUGGUGAUCCAGCUUGCCUCCAUCAACCCCCUAUUGCUGCGCCCAGGGGACUUCUACCUGCAGGUGGCACCCUUCUCUGAACAGUCCGCCCGCAUUGUGGUCCGGAGCCUGCUGGGGGAGGAGGAGGGACAGGGUCGGGAGGUAGAGGAGACACCCAUCCCUGAGACCUCCUACCCCUGCAUCUUCACUGAGGACUGGCUGGGGGAGCUCAACCAUGGCCGCCAUGGCACCCUUCUCAGCCACUGUAUCCUCUCCACAGACCAGGGCAUGGUGAAGGUGCCAUGGGCACAGGUGGCUCUACCUGAGUUUGUGGAUAAACCCAGAACUAUGGCCUUGUCAUCUCCUAACCCUGCUGCUACUCAACAGGAGAAAGUGGCAAGGCCAGGGCCCUCGUUGGCGCUGUCUCCCCCUGCCUCUGGGUACUCUGUGGAGACUAGGAUCUCUCCUGCUAAACAUGGCAUUGCGGUGUCACUGUGUCUGGUGGACAGUAACUGCUCCAGGCUGGUUAAGGUGGAUCAGGAUAGGCCUGUGGUUAAGCCCAUUGGCUGGGUGUCUCCCAACACAUGGGACAGCCGCAGCAACAACACCUCUGAAGUUGAGGGGGAAUACAUAGACUUGGUGGAGUUCACUAAGCAGAAAGAAGCGUUGCUCAGUGGGGCUCACAGUCACACACACCCCAGAGCACCCAUAUUUAGGCUUGUCACCCUCAACAGGCCUGGUGUUCCUCCGGCUCCAGCCCUGCCCCCGCCCCCGGCCUUGGCUCCAGCCCCCCACCGGCCCCUCAGGGAACCGUUACACUGUGGCCGGACCGUCCGACUCCCCGAAGACCCACCCUGCACCCCUUGCAUGAGGAGGAGAAUGGGCCAGGUGUCCAAAGCAGAGGAGAUCAGGUGCCGGUACAGAGAGUCUUACCAUUCAGCACUGCAGAACCCUGUUACCAUUGAGAGAGACAAUAGACUAAACACACUGGCGGUUCUGGAGGAGGCUAGUCCAUGUGAGGGGAGGCUGGGACCAGAGGGUAAAGAAUUAUGUCCUGGUCCCUCCCAGCAGUGCUACUAUCCAGACCCAGGUCACCAUGACCAGACUCCCCCUGUUAGCACGGUUCCCUGUUGGAAGUCUGGAGAAAAUGUCUCCCAGGCUGGCCAACCCUCCAUACCCGUUACAAACGGACACCAGACCCCUCCACUUGAAAUUACCCAGCAGCCCCUGGGUCACUAUGCUGUGCCCAGUUCUAAGGUCCUGUUACCAGCCUCAGCAGAACCCAGCACUCACCAUCUCCAGAUGGGAGUCGCAUGUCUAACUGGUGGCAGAGACAGGACAGGUCGGUUGGUGGUUGAGGUCUACGGAGACAAGGAAGGAUGGAGAUCUCCUUUAGUGUCUAGUCUGGAACUCAGCAAACUGCUGCUCUACCUCCACUCCAUAAUCAGGCGAGAACUAAGAGAACUUGGAAUGACACUAGUUAUUGAUGCUCGGAAGACUCCACCUCCACCACAGUUCAAUAAGGCCUUGUUGGUGGUUCAGGAGCAGAUUCCCCAUGCAAUACACAGUGUCUUGAUCCUAGUGGAGAAGGAGAGCUGCCAUCGCACAGAGAAAUGUCCUAGACUACAGAUUGCUGUGGUGACCUCACUGAAGGGGUUGCACAAGCUGGUGGAGGGGAGCCAGCUGAGCUCAGGCCUAGAGGGCACCCUUCCCUACAACCACAUUAACUGGCUGCAGCUCCAUCAGAAACUUCAUCCCUUUAUGUCAGAUCUCCAAGAGGCCUCAGGUUUGCUACUAACGGCCAUCAGGAAACUAGAGGAAGGCCGUAAGAUUGACACAGUGCAGGAUGUACAGAGGUGUAUUCUAGAACAGAGAACUCUGAUGAAGGAUGUUCUGGAGGACAGACAGUUGGUCGCUUUGCAAAGGGAGGGAGGAGCCAUGCUGGCUAGACUGAGAAGGGAGAGUGACCUCAGAUACUCUCACUGUGAGGAUUACAGUGAUGCAGUGGAUUCUGUGACCUGCAUGUACAACCAUGUAGAGGAGCAGGCCCAUGUGCUGGUGCACAGAUCCAACAUGUCCCUGGAGCACCUUGAAUACCUGCUCCAACUCAGAGAAAUGGAGGGCCACUUCUCUAAGAUCAGGGAAUGGUUUGAUGCAGAAGGGGAACGGCGGUUGUUGGAGGCAGAAUCCGUGGAGGACUCUAGAGAAAGAGUGGAGCAGACUCUCCGUAGUUUCAGUGCAUUCCUCACUAAAGCCAAUGAGCAGAAGCACAAGGUUAUGGCCCUGGUGACGGAGGCAGAGAAGAUCCAGGGCCCAUCUCCAUACCCUGAGACUGAGGUGUUCAGGACCAUGGUCUGCACCUUCAAAUCUGGCCUGGCUGACUUCCUCUCCCGGGCAGAGAAGUGCUGUAGUGAGCUGGAGACUAUGGUCACUGUGUGCAACUUCUGUGAGCAGGCUACUGAGCUGGCCAAAGACUGCAGACAAUACCUGGACCAGGUUGUCAGACGCCCAGAGACAGAUGAUGUCUCUACACUGCAGAAGUACCAGGAGAGCUUUGUCCAGUUCUCCUCAGAGCUCUUCCAGGAGGUGAAGGCCCAGGCGUGUGCUUUGAGGGGCUCCAGGGGCAUGCGGGUGUGGAACGUAGCGUGGCUAAAGUGUCAGGAGGUCAGGCAUCAGCUAGAGGAGAGACUGCAGGAUGUGGAGAGGGCCUUGCGGAACACAGGCCCCUGGCAUGAACAACUUAGAGCUGGUGAGGAUGAGGCCUUGGUUCAUACAGUGACUCAUCAUGAUGGGGCUCUGGUACUGCCCAGACCUGGUCCACCACACUGGUACAAUCCUCCAUCAGGCUCUAUGAUGGGAAGGUAUCACGGGGCCUUGGAGAGCAGGAACAACUCUGUGACCUGCUGUAAUAUAAACUUCAAGCCUGAGAAUAACAGACCUUGUAAACGGUCAAAGACCACCACCAUGCCGGCCUCUCCCCAUAUCAGAUCCAUUAGGAGAGCGGAGAGAGAGCCCAGAGGGAGAGAGGCCUGCCAAGGGAGGAGCAGAGAGGCCGCCACCCUUGCCGACUCGCACACUGUGGGCUGUGAGUGGUUCCCGUGGCAACGCGGGGGCCUGGGCCGGUCCAUGAGCGAGGACUCGUGUGCGACCGCCACGUCCAGUCAGUCUGAGUCUUGCGUCCAGACACCUUCCUGCUCCCAUGGGAAACCCUCCUGUCGGAUCCUGCAGGCCGCUCAGAAGUUCCAGAUCUCACGGCAUGGCAGCUUCUGCUCAGAGGAAUCCUGUAGUGUCCAAGAGGGGGCAGAGAGGACCUCUUCAAGGAAUACUAGCCCAUCAGUGAGGAGGUGUGAGGGAACAACAUCAUUGGCAAGUUCAGAGGAGAAGGCUGGCAAUAUUAUGAAGCUGCAGCGGAUCAUGGCAGAGCUACUGUUAACAGAGAGGGAGUAUGUGCGCUCCCUGGGUUACAUCCUGACUCAUUACCUCCCCCUGCUGGAGAGGCCUGACGUGCCACAAGACCUGCGGGGCAAACGUGGAGUCAUCUUUGGGAACCUGGAGAAGCUGUAUGACUUCCACGGCCAUUUCUUCCUCAGAGAGCUGGAUGCCUGUCAGACAGAGCCUUUACAAGUGGCUCGCUGCUUCCUGAGACACAGAGACAGUUUAGGCCUCUAUGCUCUCUACAGCAAGAACAAGCCUCAAUCAGAUGCCUUAAUCCUUCACCAUCGCCCUGACAUCUUCAAGAGGAAGCAGCAGGAACUGGGGGAUCACAUGGACCUGUCCUCCUACCUCCUGAGGCCCAUCCAGAGGAUCAGUAAGUACAGCCUGCUUCUGCAGGACAUGCUGGGGAUGUGUGCGCCUCAGAGAGACAGGGAAGAGCUCCAGGCUGCAGCCGACGUGGUCCGCUUCCAGAUGCGUCAUGGCAACGACCUCCUCACCAUGGACGCAAUCCAGGACUGUGACGUGAAUCUGAAGGAGCAGGGCCAGCUGAUUCGCCAGGAUGAGUUCAUCGUGUUCUUCAGAAAUAAGAAAUGCUCCCGCCGUAUUUUCCUCUUCCAGGAUCUCAUCCUCUUCAGCAAGACCAAGAAGACCAAUGUGGGCAAUGAUGUGUACAUCUACAAACAGUCUUUCAAGACAUCUGAUAUUGGGAUGACCCAUAACUCUGGAGAGAGUGGUUUCUGUUUUGAGAUCUGGUUCCGGAGGAGGAAGUUCCAGGACACGUACACUCUGAAGGCUGACAGGGCGGAGGUGAAAAGCGCCUGGACCAGAGACCUGGAGCAGAUCCUCUGGGAACAAGCUGCCUACAGCAGAGAGCUGAGGAUACAGGAGAGAGUGUUCAUGGGCACGGGGAGGAAACCUUUCAUGGACAUACAGCCUAACGAGGCAGCCAUCUGUGACAGGGCCGUCAAUUGGGACAGGGCAGGCGUCGGUGACAGGGCCGCCAACUGUGUCCUGCUAGGAAGAGCUCCUGUGCCGUCUUUUCCACAAACAGAUCUUGAAUGUCUCCGGCCCAACUCCAUUGGUUCAGGCAGUAGUGUCUCUACCUCCUGCAGCCACUCAUCUUCCUCCUCUGGACGAGGUUCUUUACCUCCUGUAGGUUACCCUGGUAACCAGAUACAAGGUGGGAAAACCAAUCACAUUGUCUAUUCCUCCCCGGAGACUGUGACGGUGACUGAAGAUGACCUCAAUAACCAUCAUAAUCACCAGAAACAAAAUCUUCAUCUUCUCAUGGACAGCAUGGAGUCGUCAGGUGAGAGUGGCAGUGUGUUCAGCAGCUCGGAGUGCAGCUGCCUCUCUGCCAUUGGUGGAGAGGUGGAGGACUCGUCAUCUGUCACGUCCCAGAGCUCCCAAUCCUGUGUCACCCAGAGAACAGGAGCACCCAAUCUCAGGAAGAACAGCUCCCCUGCUAUGAUCAGGAAGAAGCCCUCCAUUGCUCCCAAACCACCAGCGCUGGCUGCUCCUCAGAGCCUGCAAAAGGGCAAAAAAAUGGUUGCUAUAGGAAAAUCAACAGAAGUUUAACCAGUGGAUUUAACGGAUGGUUCAUCCUGUGGAUCUCUGAGCAAUGAUGAUGGAGAGCAAUCAGGCUGACAGUCAAUUGAAAACUAUGAUAACAGACUGAAUGGACCACUAGUUAACAAGCACUGAAGAGAAAGUGACUUUUUGUCUUUGAAGAACUAAUGUAUCUGGAAUAUUCUAGCUGAAAUAUCAUGAAAAGGAACACAUGAUGGACUGUGGUCAGUUUUUAAAGUGCUUAUCAUUUAUCUAAUAAUACUACUUAAGCAACCACUUCUUUAUCAGCUACUGCUUUAACUGAAUGGCUAUUGUUUUGCUGUCAUUGGUUCAUAAAACAUACUUUUUUGUCUUUGUAAUACUAGUAGUAUUUCAGCUGUUAACUUUUACAAGGGAUUUCUUUGGAAUUUACACAUCAUUCUCACCAUGUCAUGUUGACUCUCUUGAUGACCCCAUAUUCCCAUGAAAUGUCAAAUAUGGGUUCAUAUUUUUUUCUUCAAAUUACACACAUUUAACACUGUUUAUAAUGUACCGGUACACAUGUCAAACUCAAACAACUGACUAUAGAAACACUUGUUCCCAUUAGUAUUCUCUGCAGGCUCAGGACAACUUGUCAGGUGGCACUCACAUGAUUUCCUGCCCAGAUUUAUAGAUAAAUUAGGGAUCAACUAUUGAUAUCCAGGUGGGAUAGCAGAGGAGCAGCAAGUUACUUAAUAUUUUUUUCCCAUUUGGGUAGAAAGCUUUGUACUAUAUUGCUGUGAAAAAUCUCUGGAAAGGGAGAAAAACACUAAUUUGGAAUAAUUUAAGGGGUCCAUCUGGCAUUCUCAACUCAUCAGAAACCAGUGUCUUCUGACUUCUCCAGUUCAGUUGUUCUAAUAGUCAACAUAUUAUUUUACAAUAUUCAUUACAAACCAUGUACAUUAUUGAGAUCUUUCUUUUCUGUGAAAACUGAAAGCAAUUUUGCUUAGGGCUAGGUUCUAUAAGAACUGCGGUAAACAACAUCUGCAUAGCGGUUGUUUUGGCGAUGUUGUUUUGGGGAGGGGGCCUUCAUGAUGAAUUCAGAUUUUUGUGGCCCCCACCCCCAUCAAAGUUGCCCAUCCCUGUUCUAGGCUAUUGUCUACACUUCAAACAGGCUAUAUGCAUUAGCCUGUCAUUAUUUCUAUCAUCGAUAGAGCCUACACUUUCUAUCGCCAUUUUGAACACACGAGCAGCCGCUCUCCAAUUUGUCAACUCACACUGCAGUUACGGCCAACGCGGGUUUAACUCUUGAUCUGAUUGAAUCACAGUCUAUCUUUUUAACAUGUCAAUAUGGUGAGACUUUCUUUGAAACCACUGUCAUCAAUGUUAGUUUUGUUCAUUGUCCACACUUUUUGGGUUAUAUUUUGGUUUUUCUAUAAUACCCAAUGUAUAUAAUUCUCACUGAAAAGCUAUUUAUUAUAGGAUCAGUGCCAUUUUUGUAGAGAAUUUAGUACUUUUUCCUGUAUUUCUCCAGCAGCUGGUUUGAACAUCAGCUCACACUGAUGUUGUGCAAUCAGAAGAAAUGGGAACAACCUCCUUCAGUGGAAUGUGAAUCCUGACACCUCAGAGGUCACAGGCCAUGACUAAACAUUGUGACCUGACUGACCAAGCGUAGCCCUUUUGGUCAGCACAUAGCCAUCGGUUAAGCAUCAGAUAACAUUGUUGUGUAGGCCACAACGCUCCUCUACCAUAGCUCCCCUCCGCUGUCCUGAACAGUUUGUGUCACAAAUGGGUUACAUACAAUAUCAGUAAACAAAUUACUAAUUGAGAUAUUAUUUAUUUACAUUUGGCCAGUCAUUUAAUUAUAACCUCUGUGUUUAUUCAUGUAUGUAACAUAAAACAAUAAAAGGUUAA